AUGUCUCUUGAGGCGGCAUGUUUUCUGGGCGCAUUGGACAAGUUCAAGACGUUGGUCUUCUUUGGAGUACUAAAACUGUCCUCGAAUACCAAUCUUUUUGGCCUAACUUUUUUUUCGGUUUCAUCCAGCCUGCGAAUGAUCUUUUCGCCAGUCUUAUUGUUGAUGUAUGUGACACAAUGUUCAAACUCUUCACCGAAAUGGUCCACCUUCGUAGAUUUUGCACUUGUCGAGAGGAAAGGAUUUUCUACCGAACGCGUGGAUUUGAAAUCGUCCUCGAGACUGUCACUGAAUGGCGUAGGACCUUUUUUCAUAAUCCAUUCACUCGCCAUUGACUCAGUUAUCAGCCUGGCCUUGGGAGUGCUGGGGACUUCUUCAUCCACAGACUCAUUGUCGUACUUGUCGUUGUGCGUUUCGUCAAAAGACAACUGUCUGAUGGUGCUCUUCUUGGUCCUGCCUGACCCCACUGUAGAACGUGCAAGUGGGAACAAUAGUUUUGAGGAACCAGUGAGCGACUCGAUCUUAUCGUUAAGCUUCCUCGUAGACCUUCGUGGAGUUGGAUCGGGAGUGACUGGAAUAUGUGGCAUCUCCACAUCCUCGUGCCUGGGGGUCUCUGGUAACCGCUUGUAA